ACCUCUCAUUAUUGUCCGAAACAUUCUGCACCUUUACGUCCCAUCUCUCUCGCUCUGUCUCUGCCAUCAUCAUGUUCAAAGGGAUCAUACCCUCCAAACGGACCGCCUCCAUCGAUUUCCAGAUGGUCACCCCGCUAGGGGACAGCCAUGGUAAGGAGAAUGAGCCGCACCCACCAUUUAUACAGGUCUCUGUUCCCAGCUCAACGUCAAGGGCGACCAACAAGCCAAAGACUGAGAAGUCUAAGGCCAAGAAGGGCUCGCCAUCUGCUAUCACUCUCGCAGAGCAGCUCGGCGAGAUGGAUGAGGCAUUCGACAAACUGCUUGACGACCUCCAAAUCCCCACCAGCCUCCGGCCGAAGCUAACCGGCAUGGAGCCUUCCGUCAAAGCCGCCAUGCUCAAAUCCUCGCACACCAUGACAGCGACCCAAAACCCCUUCCUCCACCAACAACCGACUCAACCAACUCAACCAUCGGCCCCGGCCACACCCACCACACCCAACCGAGGCACCGUCCGUCGUGUCCACAGUGGAGGUUCACUUUCCAUCGAGUCACCCUGCCCGCAGAGACUCUUCACCGACCGAUUCCACACCUCCGGCCGUGCCAUCGGUGCCGCCUUCGCCGAAACUUCGUCUCCCGAACACCCCAGCGCUACCGUCGGGCGGGGUGCCCCAAACAUCGGUCAUGCCACGAGGAUGUCAGUUGCUGAUUUCGCCAGCUCCAUCCCGAUAUUGCCGCGUCCAAAAUCAAGGGCGCAGGGAAACACUGUGUUCUCGGAGAAUGGUGUGUCGUUGGGAAAGGGGGGAAAGAACGGAUUGCUUCAUAUGCAGAUUGUGGGCACGUUGAAUGGGACGUCAAGUUUACAGCUGGACGUUGAGGUGGUCAAGAAGUUGAGGCUGUUAUUGCGGAACGAAUCGGCGAGUUGGACUCAAGAUUUCUUACGCGGAGGUGGUUACUCUGCUCUCCUCACUCGUCUUAACGAGUUGCUUGAAGUUGAAUGGAGAGAGGAACAACAUGACGAUCAAGUCCUGCACGAACUUCUCCGCUGCUUCAAGGCCCUCUCCACCUCGACCAUCGGCUGCUUCGCCCUCCGCUCUUCUUGCCCCACUCCUUUCACCCAACUCGCCUCUCUCCUGUUCUCAGACAAGAAGCCGGGCGAUGUUGCCACCCGCCAACUCAUCGUCGACCUCCUCCUCAUCCUUUUCGAGCUCUAUCCUCCCGGCUCUUGCCUUCCAGCCUCUCAGUCCGGCUUACAGGGCUCUGCAUCACGCGAUCUUUGGGCGGGCUCGACUUUGACACCGCCUUCACCAAUCAAGGCUACCCACCAUCGCUCUGGUUCCGGGUCCGACUCCGCCCCUUCCACACCCACCUCCGCCGUCUCCGCAAUAAUCCUACCCUACCCUCACAAAACCACCUUCUCCCUCCUCCGCGCUCUCCUCCUCACCCCCGCUCCACCGCCCUCCGAAGCUCCUCCCAUCCCACUCGAGCCCCACGAAUUCAUCGACGCGCUCCACAAGCCUCGGAUUUAUAAGACCUAUCUGCAGGAGCUGAGCGAUGUUUGUAGGGACUACUUUUGGGUGUUUUGUCACCCGAAUAAUGCGAUUUGGAAUUUGAGGGAGACGGACGAGGGCAAGGUGGAGAAGCCGAGGGCGCCAGGGGGGAUGACGGGGGGUGUGGAGUUCGAGGCGAUGGGUUAUUUGACACUGCAUUUCAAGCUGGUGAAUGCGAUCGCAAAGUCGGCUCAUGACCUUCGUCUUCCGAAGGAGCACGAACACUCCGCGCAUCAGUUCCAUACCGAUAUGUUCCUGUCCGGCAUGGAACGCAUCAUCCUCGUCGCCCGCAAAGCCUCCACAGCCUAUUACCCAACUCUCCAUCUCGAACUUUCCCGCUACAUCAACCUCGCCCUCCAGGCAGACUUUGACCUCCCCUGGACAGUUUCUCGGCUCCUUGGUCCUCCGCCCACCGCUCUGUCCAACAAACCAAAGACAACACAAACGACGCCGACAAGGAAAGGCACGGGACAGACGACCACGACGCCUACGAAGCAAAGGCCGGCGCCGACAACGCCUACGAGGAUGGGAUUCGCGACGGGCGGCAUGGUGUCUCCCACGAAGCAGGGAUUCGCUACAGGUGGUCAGAUGGCCUCGCCGACGAAGCAGAACUUCGCUACCGGGGGCAUGAUCUCGCCGACGAAACAGAAUUUCGCAACGGGAGGCUUGGGGUCGCCGACGAAGCAGAGUUUUGCGACUGGUGGUGGUCCAUCGUCCCCGACGAAGCAAGGGUACUCGACUGGUGGACUUGGAUCGCCGACGAAGCAGAGUUUUGGAGCGAGUGGACCGGCGUCGCCUACGAAGAAGAGUUUCGGAGCGGGUGGGUCGCAGUCGGUGGUGGGUAGUGCAUUGACGGGGCAGGGUGGACAGGGGCAGUCGUUUUUGCCGCAGCCGAGGAAGGCGGAGCCGUUGAAGUUCAACUAGACUGGUUCACCGACCUUUGUGGGUGAGCCUCAGGAGAGAUGUUUAUAGAUGGACGAGGACGAACCGUUGACGAGAGGAAUGGUUGAUGCUGGAUGAUGAGGAUGACCAUGACCAUGACGACCCCAUGCUGACCGCGACCGCUGCUGAGUGCUGCUAGGCUUACGAAUCUGAACUUGACUCUAACGUUCAUUGACGUGAAUCGACUUGACGAAAAACCAAAAAUCUUGUACCAUUAUCCCAUUAUCCCCAGGCCUUCCGUUUCAUGUUCUCUGUUUCACACUUCGCUUUCGUUCGCCCCACCUCACCUCCAUCUGUUCAUGAAUCAUUUAUUACUACAAGUUUCCUCUAAAUAUGUUUUCUUUCUUUAUCGAUUACUAUCCUUGCUCUGCCGUCAGUCGACCCUCUCAUAUACAAAUACAUGUUACAUGUUACUCGCCCGACGCUAGUACGGUAAGUAUUCCCGUUCGUUCUUUCCCCUGGCGACGACAGUCGUUCUCAUCAUAUGUAAGCCUCC